ACCAAUUGGCAAUGAUUCCCAUAGUCACAGUAUUUGGCAGCAGUAAUCCAUUUCAAGUUUCAGCGGCCAUUAAAGUUCAGUCUGCAGCAUUUUGGGAUCAAACAAGAGAAGAUGAAUAAUGUCCUUAUUUGUACGACCAGCAAGUAGAGUCUGUAGCGGUCUUCAAAACAGCCAUCACUACCUAAAAAGGGGUGUGUCUAGCACUAUGAGACUCAUCCAGUUUAAGCACAAGUCUUCUGAAGAGAUACGACUUGGUGUAGAGCAGAAGGAAGGAGGAAAUGUCAUCGAUUUGAAUGCUUUUGAGCCAUCACUGCCCUGCACAAUGAGGCAGUUUCUUGAGAAAGGUGAAGCAGCUCUAGUUACUGCUAAAAGAGCACAAGAGCUUGGGAAGAAUGUACUGGAACGAUCUGAAGUCAACCUACUACCACCAGUCACAAAUCCAGAUAAAAUCAUCUGUGUAGGAAUGAACUAUGCUGACCACUGUGCAGAGCUUAAUGUGCCUACCCCAAAAGAGCCAGUAAUAUUCAACAAAUUCCCCAGUUCCAUUGUUGGUCCAUAUGACAGCAUCAUUCUACCAAAAGAAAGUAAGGAAGUAGACUGGGAGGUUGAAAUGGCCUUCAUUAUUGGAAAAAAGGGGAAACAUAUUAAGACUGCUGAAGCAAUGGAAUAUGUGGCAGGUUUCACUGUUGCUCUUGAUGUCAGUGCCAGGGACUGGCUGACCAAAACAAGUAAUGGGAACCAGUGGCUUCUGGGAAAAUCGUUUGACACAUUUUGUCCUCUGGGUCCAGCCCUUGUAACAAAAGAUAGCCUAUCAGAUCCUCACAACCUAGGUAUUCAGUGCAGAGUGAAUGGAGAGACUGUUCAGAAGAGCAAAACAAGUCUGAUGAUUUUUAAAACCGAAGCUUUGAUUGCCUGGGUAUCACAAUUUGUUACUCUGUAUCCAGGGGACAUUUUCCUGACAGGAACACCACCAGGAGUCGGACUCUUUAAAACGCCUCCUACAUUUUUAAAGCCAGGAGAUACCAUUGAAUGUGACAUUGAUGAAAUCGGAAUCAUCAGAAACAAGGUGAUUUAAAGAAAUUCAAGAAGUGGUUGCCUUAUGAACUGCAGAAUUAUCGGAAACAGACACACUAUUCAAUUUGUUCCAGAAUGCAGAUUUGCAAAGAAAAAAAUGCCUACUGUGAAGUCAACAAGGAAGGAAUCAUUGUACUGAAAACACUUAACUUGCAUUUUAAUGUUUUUGCAAAUUAAGUUAAAACACGUAAAUCUCCCUGGCUGUAAACAGGGUCAAUAUAUUUACUGUAUAGAAUUUUUUUUCUCAAAAAUAAAAUCUCUGAAAAAGA